GAGCGAUUUGGGCGUCGAUGAUGGGAAUCUGGUGGCCGUGUACAUGACCAAUUCGCCUGAGAUGGUGUUCGUCAUUUAUGCAUUGGCAAAGUUGGGGGCGGCUCCCGCAUUGAUCAACUCGAACUUGAAAGGGGACCCCCUCCAAUAUUGUACAAACCUCGCUGGCUCAAAGUACAUCAUCUGCAGCCCCGAUACAGUGCAGUCCGCUCUUACUCUUCCAGCAACCGCAGCUUCUGAAUGCCCCGGUCAAGGGCUCGUGGUCGUCGAUUUUGGCAGUUUUCCUCGAUCUGAAAAGCCAGAUGGGCAAGUCAUAUCGAUCACCCCAUCAGACCCGCACCAUGGCCGCGAAGUAGCUAAGGCUAAGAGGCGGCCCAUCGAUAUAGCAGCACUGGUAUAUACCUCAGGGACAACUGGAAUGCCCAAAGCCUGCAGUGUCAAGAACAUGCAUAUGUGUAUUGUCUCGACUCCGACGACUCCUGAUACCGACAAGCCGAAAUAUUACUUUCCCGUUCGGACAUAUACCUCCAUGCCCCUCUUUCACGGCACAUCGUUAUUUACAGGUCUCUGUUAUAGCGUGGGGACCUCGGGGGCUCUGUGUCUUGGACGGAAAUUCUCAGCAACACGACACUUUGAGGAGAUCCGGCGGAGCCGAGCAACAAGGAUGCUGUAUGUUGGAGAGUUGUGCCGUUACCUGUUAGCCCAGCCCCCCUCCCCGCAUGAUCGGGGACAUGGCUGCAUUGUGGCGAUGGGAAAUGGGCUGCAGAAGGACGUCUGGAUGAAUUUCAAGAAGCGGUUUGGGAUCCCGGAAAUCCGUGAAUUCUACCGAUCAACCGAGGGCCUGGCGAAGUACGACAAUCGGCAUUUACAUAAUAAAUUCGGCGCAGGAUAUGUAGGCUACAAAGGCUUGGUGCGGAGGUGGCUGGAGGACGAUUGCUUCAUUAUCAAAUUCGAUGAAGCUUCUCAGCAGCCUUACAGGGAUCGGCGGACCGGAUUUUGCGUUCCGGCGUCUCCAAAUGAACCUGGAGAAGCGAUUGGACGGAUCAGGAGCCUAGCGACAUAUACCGACUAUCUACACAACCAGGACGCAACCGAUGCGAAGAUAUUACGGAAUGUUUUUGCCGACGGAGAUAUGUUUCAAAGAUCCGGAGACCUUGUCAUCCAAGAUCGAUGGGGAUGGAUACGGUUUUACGACCGUGUUGGGGACACCUUCCGGUGGAAGGGGGAGAACGUCAGCGCUGGGGAGAUUGCGGGGUACAUAUCGGAUAUGCCCGAAGUCUUGGAGGCGAUUGUCGUGGGUAGGAAGAUGGAUGGCUAUGACGGGCAGAUGGGCACGGCUGCAGUGGCGUUGACGCAGUUGUCGAAAGACGCAGAAGUCGCAUUUGUCGGCAAGCUCCCAGGUGUUUUCAAGCAUCGUGGAGUCCCUCAGUAUGCAGUGCCUCGGCUUCUAGCUAUGGUUGAUCGACUUGAUGUUGGGGCGUCCUUCAAGCAUGACAAGCAGAUAUGGAAAAAGGAACAGUGGGACCCAGCCGAGCCGAGCCAAGCCAGUUCGCGAUACUGGCUGGACGGAGAUACGUAUCGAGUAUUAGAUGGAGCAGCAUGGAUGAAGAUACAGAAUGGCUUGGCAAAGCUUUGAACUUCGGUUCAUCGUUCCGAGGGCGUUACCGAUUUUGGACAGCCUUUACCCUGAUCCCAAGCACACUGAACAGCAGUGGAUUAUCGAAACCCAGAAAUCCACACUGCCACACUUGGCGUAAUCUCGUGAUCGUUUGUAAUACGGCGGAGAUGUAUAUUUGGAUGGUCCUGCGAUGGCUCGUACAUAGAAAGAACACUUGUAAUGGUAGAUAGCGAAAUUUCAGAUGUCCCAGGUAUAGAUUUUAUAGAUGUUAAGUCAUUCCAACAAAAAAGCAUCGAUCUUUGCACAGUAGAAUCAAGCGGCCGUCGAGGCCAUGCCGCUGCCCGGUGACGCAGAGGUUGAUAAUCUACCGGUCAUUCAAGAACGUGU